GGGCUUGUUUUCAGAGAGCGUGACAUACAGAGAGAGACAUCCCUGAUAGGCCAACAAAACGAGAAACAGGCGGUUGACGGGACACACAAAAAGAACACGGAAAAAAAAAACUGGUCACAUUUCUCAGGCACCUGAAAACGUGCGGGUUAUUUUAGGACUCGUGUUGCUCAUUGAUGAGUGGGAGUGUUUAAACUACUUCUACUCCGGUCAUGUUUUGAUCGUGACUGUACAUGGCAAGCAGCUGAACGCGUCUCUGUAAUUCAGAGAACCCCGCAACAGUGAUACUAUAUCGCAGCUGGUGUCAUAAGGUGUGCAGACGGAGAGCCGAGCUGUCUCUUCACCUAGGAAAUAAUUCGGAUCAAGAGAUCAGCUCUAAUUACCUUUUAAAAUAUUUCUUUUACUUUUUCUUUGCUGUCCGGGUUUUCUCAACAACCCCAAUGCUCUGCGCACACUGCUGUUUGCCUGAGCUUGUGGAUACAUUCUUUAUGCUUUGGCAGUUCUGGACUCUUUCACCUAUAUCAACGAAACUGAUCGGUAGCAAGCAAAGCCAGUCAUUCCAGCAGUAGACGCCCUCCAAUUGAACUGAACAACUGACCAACGUCGACCUACUAGGAAACAUGGAACACAGUCCUGGUGGUGGUGUUAUCUUGUACGCUGGCUCGUCCGGCAGUGCCAGCCCGAGUCCUGGCAGCCCCUCAAGUGGAUACCAGUCCCAGUCACCGUCCUCCCACUCGCAGCCUUCAUCCCCAGAGGGUGUCUUCUUUCAGGAGAUUGGGCCCCUGAAGCAAAGAGAGGAACGGAGGGGUGGGACACCUUCCCCAAAAUUGGUCUUCCAGUUUCCUGAGGUGAACAGUGCUCCUGUUGCCCAAAUAACAACAGUAUCAUCGGCAACUUACAGCCAUCCCACAGUGGCCAAAAGACCUUGUGGUUUCACUGGAACGUUCACUAAAACCGGGGGUAUGGUACUUCUGUGUAAGGUGUGCGGAGACAUUGCAUCUGGGUUCCAUUAUGGUGUUCAUGCCUGUGAAGGCUGCAAGGGUUUCUUCAGACGUAGCAUUCAGCAGAAUAUCCACUACAAGAUGUGUGUAAAGAAUGAAAACUGUGUCAUCAUGCGCAUGAACCGAAACCGGUGCCAGCACUGCCGCUUUAAGAAGUGUCUCUCCGUGGGCAUGUCCAGAGAUGCUGUGCGUUUUGGGCGUAUUCCCAAACGGGAGAAGCAGAGACUACUGGAUGAGAUGCAGAGCUACAUGAACAGUCUCAAUGAAUCUGCUUCAAUGGAAAUGGAGGUGUCCUGUCCUCCCGAAGCCCCAUGCAGUCCACAGAACCAGACGAAUGAAGGUGCAAGCUCCAUGUCGCAGUCUUACCGCGGCAACUUAAUGAACAGAGAUCAGAAACCACUCAAGAUGGCUGCCGGCAAUGGCAACAUCAGAGCUUCCUCUUUCCAGAACAACUCAGUGCAGCAACCUUCCCUGUCGCACUCGGCAACCCAGACCCACCACACGGUUCAAGGAGAGCAGGCGAGCUACCACAUCCCCACAAGCUGCCCUGUUUCCUCCACACACAACGAAAACUCCACCGUCGUCGAUGAUGCCAAGUACACCUUCUCUUCCAAUCAGAAUCAGUGCCCCGUCAGUGGCCGACUAUCCGCUAAAUCCUACUCAGCCAAUCAGAACAGUUACCCAGCCAGUGAUUCCCAGAACCAAAGUCCCUGCCCCUGGAAGCCAAACGGAGGAGCCAAAGUGCUGGCAUGUCCACUCAAUUCCUGUCCAGUGGCUCCGGCCAGUCGCUCCAGUCAGGAGGUGUGGGAGUCUUUCUCCCAGUGCUUCACCCCCGCUGUUAAAGAAGUAGUGGAGUUUGCAAAGAGCAUCCCGGGCUUCCAGUCUCUCAGCCAGCAUGAUCAGGUCAUGCUGCUCAAGUCCGGCACUUUCCAGGUUCUGAUGGUCAGAUUCUGCUCACUAUUUGACCCCAAGGAAAGGACAGUGACCUUCCUCAAUGGGCAGUCAUACUCCCUGGCAUCGCUUAGGGCUCUUGGCAUGGGUUCCUUACUGGACGCUAUGUUUGAUUUCAGCGAGAAGCUGGGAUAUUUGGGUCUGGAGCCAGACGAGAUGGCUCUAUUCAUGGCUGUCGUGCUAGUUUCUGCUGAUUGCUCUGGCAUAGUGGAGGUUGGAGCAGUGGAGCAACUGCAAGAGAAUCUAAUAAAAGCUCUGCGCUCUCUCAUCACCAGUCGCCGCCCAGAUGAUAGCACACUAUUCCCAAAGUUGCUUCUACGUCUGCCGGACCUGCGCACGCUGAACAACCACCAUUCUGACAAGCUUUUAGCUUUCAGAAUAGAUCCUUGAUUUUGAAGAGCUAAAGCUUCUGGAGGUGCUUUGGGAAGCCUCCCUGCUCCCCAUGCAAGCUGGUCUGCCACACAGUACACUGGCCCUUGCAUGAUACUGUGGGAGCUGUGCCAAGUCUGAUGCCAUGAGAGAGCAAACUUCGGGGGGAAAAAAAUGUAGGUGAAAGAUGUAGGCACAGCACAAGGGUGGAGGCUCCUGAACUCCAACCUCUUCCAAUUCCAGGAUUGCUAAAACAAAACACACACACAUUAAAAACAUAGAUUGUGUUCUUCCAUGGGUUCUUCGAGUCAACAUCAAACCAAGUCAUCACCUCUCCCUCGGGGAGUUUGUGCUGAAGACCAAAAAGAAGAGAGAGCCUAUUGUUUCUUCCUAGACUUUGUCCUCCAAUCCCAGCUCACAAAGCUAACAAGAAGGAAGCACACUCUUACCCAGAGAAAAAGGAACAUGUAAAAACAUUCAUCAACAAUGAUUUCUUACUGUACAUUCAUGCUACAAUGUGUAAACGGCACUUUCCAUACAUUGAGAAGA